GAAACCGAGCCAAGUGGGCUCGGAGUAGAAUAACAGCUUCGGCUUGUUGGACUAUUGAGAUCGACCGCAGGUUUACCUACUGCGCCUGUGCGUUUUCUUUUCCGUUUCCGUUUUCUUAAGCGGUCAGCCGAGAGUUGCUAAGCAGUAGCGGCUGGGUUACUGUCGGUUACCGCUGGCGUAGGAGUAGCUGGCGUCCUACCUUGUUUGGAGAAGGGGUCAGGGUUGCGGACAGUCCUGAAGUGGAAGAGAGGGAAGUGACUUGUACGAAUAAAAACUGACAGUGAGGAUUACUGUUUGGAUUAUUUCAAGAUGAGCUUCCUAUUGCCCAAGCUAACUAGCAAAAAAGAAGUAGACCAAGCAAUAAAAAGUACUGCAGAGAAGGUGUUGGUCCUCCGGUUUGGGAGAGAUGAGGAUCCUGUCUGUCUGCAGCUAGAUGAUAUACUUUCUAAGACCUAUUCUGGCCUGAGUAAAAUGGCUGCCAUAUAUCUGGUAGAUGUGGACCGAACUCCCGUUUACACGCACUAUUUUGACAUCAGUUAUAUUCCAUCUACUGUGUUUUUCUUCAAUGGGCAGCAUAUGAAAGUGGAUUACGGGUCUCCAGAUCACACUAAGUUUGUGGGAAGUUUCAAAACUAAGCAGGACUUCAUAGAUCUGAUUGAAGUAAUUUAUCGAGGAGCGAUGAGGGGAAAACUUAUUGUCCAAAGUCCUAUUGAUCCCAAGAAUAUUCCCAAAUAUGACCUCCUCUAUCAAGACAUUUAGCACAUUUACUACUGAAAGUUGAAGACAAAGGCACAUCUUGAAGCAGUACCUGAAUCCAGCUAUGCUGUCUUCCUGGAGUCCUUCAGAAAGGUGCUCAGCGUCCCAGCAGAGAAGAGGUCUGACUUGGACAGAAAAUACCCCGCCCCCAAGUAGAAGGCCACGCUGGUACCAUGAUUAGCAGGGAUGGGUGCUGAAAUGUCUACUCCCUGCAAACCUCAGAGCAGUCAAGACAACCGUGGUCCAUUUUCCCAGUGUGAUUUUAUAAAUCUAUAUUGUGCUUCUCCUUAUUCCUUAAGAUGGUACAGAAUCCUUCUAAACGUUGCCUAGUACAGUUUAACUAUGUAUACUUGAUACACAAGUAAAAUAGAAAAUCCAUUCCCACAAGAACAGAAAUACUUCUUUUGUACCCUAGAUGUACACACACGCUCCCCCUCGCCCAUUCCUCCGCGCACAUAUUUAUCACGUGCUCUCCCAUCUCCAGUCCCGUUAUCCUUGUUUCUCUUGGAUAAAUGAUUCUCUACUGAGAGUGGGCAAAUUUGUUUUAUUUUGGAAACUUUCUGGCUUAGACUUUUAAAACAGUAUCCCAGGGGGCGCCUGGGUGGCUCAGUCGGUUAAGCGUCUGCCUUCAGCUCAGGUCAUGGUCCCAGGGUCCUGGGAUCGAGCCCCGCAUUGGGCUCCCUGCUCGGUGGGAAGCCUGCUUCUCCC